CCUCACUGUCGGAGACACAGACGGAGCUCCUCCCUAGCGGGUCUCCGAACUGAGCCUUACUUUGACUCGAGCAGAAGUGACUGUCUUCAAAUAUCAGCACCUCGGACAGCGACACACCGCCGCUCCCACACUCUGCCGAGGAGAGCUCAGAGCCGUUUAGGAGCACAGGACAUGGGGCUACCCUGGCACGGCCCCCCGCUAGGUUGCAAUGAGCUUUAGCUUGUCCGUGGCACACUAACAGUGGAGGAAUGCCCUUGACAGCAGACUACGCAGAGUUGUUUUCAGCAUGACGGCGGCCCCGGACACUGAGCCAUCAGCUGCAGACUCGGUGGUGAAACAAGACUAAACCCGUGCAUGUUUAACCAGAGUUGAAGACUCGUUUCUAAAACACAGCCUAAUACUUGAGUUCUUCAUACUACCAUGGGGAUAAGGCAUAUUUUGUUGCUGCUCAUAUACCUGGACCCUCUGUGCGCGCUGGGCACAGCUACAGGUGGGAAGAAAACCAAGCAGGCGCCCCCCCGAAAGCCUCCCAAAACCACCGCGGUGCCCUCGGCUGUCCCGCUGAACACCCUGCCGCCGGCGCCCACUAGCAACCACGACACAUGCCUGGGCUACUAUGACGUGAGCGGCCAGUAUGACAAAAUGUUCGAGUGCAACAACACGAACCACCGGUACUGCUGCGGGACGUGCUACCUGCGCUUCUGCUGCGAGUACAAGAAGGACCGGCUGGACCAGAAAGCCUGCAAGAACUACCAAACCCCGAAGUGGGUGCAGACGGUGGUCCCGUCCCCCAUACCGACCGGAGAAACGUACGAUCCGAGCAUGGAUCAGACCAACACGGCGGUGUACAUCACCUGUGGGGUCAUAGCCUUCAUCAUAGUGCUGGGGUUGUCAGUCAAAGUGGCGUACGACAAAGCCACAGAGCCCCCUCAGGAGAUGAAUAUUCACAGGGCCCUUGCAGACAUCCUGCGGCAGCAGGGGCCCAUCCCCAUAUCGCAGUAUGACUGUGAGAACUUUGCAGCAAUGAACGGCUCACCCAAAGACAACACGCCAGUCAGAACUUCAUCCAAGAACCACUACACCCCUGUCCACAGCUCCAAGUCCAACCAUGAAUGUGGCACUCCUCCAAAAAGCACCCACCGUGCUCACCCCUUUCAUCAGUGUUUCUCCAAUGAUAACAUCCAGUAAUCAUCCGAUUUGAG